UUGAGUUAUAAAUACAGAUGUAAAUUUCAGUCAACUGGCAGUCGCUGGAAAGAGUAAAGCUGAAAAUGUAUGUAGUUAACACGUAUUUUGAUGCUGUCGACAAAGUUUGGUCAGGUCGAAACAGUGACAUUGUUGUUGAUAAACAUGAAAACUUGGGCACAUUUUUACUGGAAAAUCUGAAUUCGCAUCCAGAAUUGGUGACACAAAUUAACGGUGACACGGGUGAAACAUUGACUAAAAGUGAAAUACGCAGUCGUUCGAUACGAUGUGCUCAGAACUUAACAAAGUUGGGAUGCACACAAGAUGACCGCAUUGGCAUUGUCGCACGAAAUCACCACAACUUGACACCACUUUUUUUCGGAGCUCUUUGCAUUGGAACUCCAAUCAGUCCGAUGGAUGUUCGGAUGGACAAAGAUGUAAUUGCCAAAAUUCUUGAGAGAGUGAGACCAUCGUUUAUUUUCUGCGAUACCGAUGUAUUAGAAUCAGUGAAAAAAAUCGUUAAUGGCAACGGCAUCAGCGCAAAGUUUUUCACCGUAAAUGGAUCGGACAAUGGUUGCGAUUCAAUUGACAGUUUGAUCAAUGAAACUGGUGAAGAAGACUCAUUUGUCUGUUCGAAGAUAGACGAUGCUUUUUCGCACGUUGCAGUCAUUGCUUGUUCAUCAGGGUCAACAGGAUUUCCGAAGUCGAUUUCUUUGAGUCAUGCACUAUACAGUUUCGUGCUUAAAAGACAAAACUCAUCCGAACACACGUCUUUGAAUUUCAGCUCAAUGAAUUGGGUAUCGGGUGUUUUUUCAAAAUUGAACUCUGCGUUAAAAAGAAAGCACAUCUUCACCAAGCAUCCGUUUUCACCGGAUUUAUUUUUUGAUUUUGUGGAAAAGUACAAGGUUCAAGUUUUCACUGCGCUACCGUAUCAGAUGCAAGCGAUUCUCACAAGUGAGCGAUGUAAGAGUGCUGACCUGUCAUCAUUGUCCAUGUGUUGUCUAGCUGGAAAUACCGUGCCACCCAUUUUGGUUAAAACGAUGAAAAAGGUUAUUCCAAAAUGUAUUGUGUUGACGAUUUAUGGGAUGAGUGAAACUUGCGGUGCUGUUAGUUGUACUAUGCCAACUGAGUCAGAGGAAUGUCCACAUUCGUGUGGCCGUUUGAUAACUGGAGCUAAAAUAAAAAUCAUCAAUCAAGAAACGGACGAAAAAUGUGGAAUCGGUGAAGUGGGUGAGAUAUGCAUCAAAAUUCCGAUACCACCAAUGGGAUACUAUAAAGAUGAAGCGGCCACUCGAAAUGCAUACGAUAACGAAGGAUAUUUUUCAAGUGGUGAUCUGGGCUAUUUCAAUGAAACAGGACGGUUGUACAUAAUCGGAAGGAAAAUCGAAAUUUUCAGAAGUCGUGAAUUCGACAUUUGGCCAGGUGAACUUGAAAAUAUCAUUCUGAAACAUUCAGCCAUUCGAGAUGUUUCAGUAGUGAAUGUUUAUGAUGACGAUAUUGUGUUGGAGCUACCGGCUGCGGUUGUUGUCAAGAAAGAAGACAGUUCAAUUACAGCGGAUGACGUUUAUGCUAUUGUUGCUGAUCAAUUGGCUAGCUAUAAGCGUCUUGAUGGUGGCGUUUACUUUGUUGACGAAUUACCGAUGACCCCAUCAGGCAAAACAAUUCGAUCAAAGGCAAAGGAAAUCGCUCAAAACUUUUAUCAACAACGGAAACUGAGCCAGAAAUCAUGAAAAUCACCGCAACAAAUUUAAUCACUGUACAAUAAGUCAAUUAUAAAAGUCUUGUUCAAAAAAAAUAGCACGAGUUUGUAAUAAGAAAAAGUAAAUAAAAUUUUAUUGCGAUUAAAAAUGAA